AUGUCAUCACACACUCCUGCUGAGGACCUCUUACCUGCUUGGAUUUCCCCACUCACCACCCAAGAUCUGCAUCAGCGACCAUUUUCUACUUCAAACUCAACCCGGUCAAGAGAUGAGUGUGAACUUAAGAUUUUGGAGAUCGCGCGCGGACUCCAAGAGACUAACAAAGACUUUCCGUCGGAAGCAAUAACGACAUCUCGACUUGAAGAGCGUAUUGGCGGCGCUGAAGCUAAAGCUGCCAUUGUCGAGGCCAAGACCAAAUCGUGGGAAGAAACAGUGUCCCGCCUCAAGGAACAUUACAUCAGGACAGAGAAUUCUAGUUCCUCACGGGCUACUCGUGGUCUUUGGAAAGAACUCACGAGCUUCCACGUGGAACACAGCGCCCUCAGGCGACAAAUAAGCAGCCUAGAGGCUCGCCUUCAUAUCCUCGAGGAGACUUGCGGCGACAACCGUCUUUCGGCCAAAAAGGAUUACACACAAACUACGCCCAGAAAGAACGGAGGUGUUGAUUUGUCUGCCAAUCAGCCCGACCCACAGCCUCGGCCACUUGCUGGGAGUACAAUGGCUUCUGGCAAAAGCGGCAGACAGCUAUAA